GGUGUCUCACUUUCCUAAAUCUGUGACUGUGAGUGAGAGAUUGAAUGAGAGAGAGAGAGAGAUGAAGGAUCUUAGAGAGUUGAGUCACUUGUUUGCAUGUGCCUUCCUCUUCCAGUUCUCUUCUUUCAUGGUGAUUCCAUCCAUCACCGACAUCACCGUUGAGGCGCUGUGCCCCGGUAGGGAUGAGUGCUCUCUUGCAAUCUAUCUCAGUGGCUUCCAACAAGUGAUCACAGGGUUGGGAACUCUCAUGGUCACUCCCUUAAUUGGCAAUCUAUCAGACAGAUAUGGUCGGAAGGCCUUGUUGACCCUUCCUAUGACAACUGCUAUUAUUCCCUUAGCUAUAUUGGCUUAUGACCGAUCGAGAGUUUAUUUUUAUAUUUACUACAUCGUCAAAAUGUUCACUGGCAUAUUUUGCGAAGGCAGCAUGCAAUGUCUUUCACUGGCAUAUGUGGCGGACAAGGUCGGGGAGCAGCGGCGAGCGUCGGCGUUCGGCGUGCUCUCCGGCGUCUCCGCCGCCGGCUUCGUCUCCGGCACCUUCGUCGCCCGCUUCCUCUCCACCUCCUCCACGUUCCAGGUUUCCGCCACCGUUGCCGUGAUCGCGGCGGCUUACAUGAGGCUUUUCCUGGCCGAGACGGACCGCGGAGCCGCCGCCGCCGCCGCCGAGGAGGCCUCCCGCCCCCUCUGUUCCCCUUCCUCCUCCGACGGCGAGUCAUCUCCGAGACUGCCGGCCCUGAGGAAGCUGCCGUCGCUGGAGAACAUGAUCGUCAUUCUGCAGAGCAGCACGACAUUAUCAAGAGCAGCAAUUGUUGUAUUUUUCAACAGUCUUGCUGAAAGUGGUCUUCAGAGUGCAUUACUGUACUACCUGAAAGCACAGUUUCAGUUUAGCAAAGAUCAAUUUGCUGAUCUGCUGCUGAUCAUUGGGAUUGCAGGAGCCUUUUCACAGCUCUUCCUGAUGCACUUAUUAAUUCCCACUUUGGGUGAGGAGAAACUCCUUAACAUAGGCCUUUUGGCAAGUUGUGCACAUAUUUUUCUUUACAGCAUUGCAUGGUCAUAUUGGGUUCCCUAUUUAGCUGCAAUAUUUAUAGUUUUGAGUGUUUUCAUCCAACCAUGUAUAAGGAGCAUUGUAUCCAAAAAAGUUGGACCAAGCGAGCAGGGAAUGGUCCAAGGAUGUAUAACUGGCAUCAGUUCAUUUGCUGCAAUUGUAUCUCCAUUAGCCUUCACUCCUCUAACAGCUUGGUUCCUGUCAGAGGAUGCACCAAUUAAAUUCAAAGGCUUCAGUAUCCUGUGUGUUGGAUUUGUAUCGUUGAUAGCCUUCAUGCUUAGUAUUAUGAUGAGAUCCGCUCCUCCAAGUACAAGCCAGAAACUUGUGAAUGCCAUACAUGUGCUGGCCUGAUGGUUAAGAAUGUGAAUUCAACCCAGCCAGCAUGACAUCCUCUGGUUUUCCAUGUAUCUGCAAUCGCUUGCAUGUAAGAAAAUGGCAUCUGAAGAGAUUUUACAAACUGCUUAUCUUGGAUCGCAGUAUUCCAUUCGUAUGGAUUUCUGUGGUGCUAUUGAGGAUAUGAAGUACUCUGACAACUUAGAUGGCAGCUUCUCCUUGGUGGGCCUGAUAGGGAAGGGAAGAUGCACCAUCAUUUCUUGUAAUUAUGUUCAUCUAGAUGGAUUUUUUCUCCCUCUCUCUAGGUUUUUAGUCUGUUCCUUAUGACUGCUGCUGCUUCCAUGAAAUAUCCCGGUCUCCUCACCAAGAUUCAAUAGGUAUGAAGAACAUUCUCUCUUUAUUCUGUAUAGAUUAUAAACCAAACACUAAGCAUAAAAAAUUUAGUUUCUCUUCAGUG